CGGUAUAGAUCUGGAACGCUCGCGACUUAUCGAGCUCUUAACAUAUUGGGGUUCGAAGCGUACCACAACCAUAAAAGCUUUGCUUAUGGAGCAUCCCACAUGAAGAUGUUCAAUGAAGCUCUUCAGGCUUCCUGGCACGAGAACACGGAAGCCUAUCAUCGACCCGAGUUCGAUAAGUGGUUCCAGGGAUAUGAUGCUCUGGUCGAAUUGCCGUCGUACUUUCCAGAAGAAAUCGUUCAAGCCUAUCCUGGUGCGAAAUAUAUUUUAGUCGAGCGUGAUCCAACUGCCUGGGCGCGCAGCGUUAUGAACAGCAUUGUCCGUAUGGCAGAGGAUGUCAACAAGAUGCCCAUCAGAACACUCAAGCACUUCGAUGAAACCAUGAAGAUGCUUUGCAUCAAUGCACGCCUUAUUGGCGGACACUUCUCCGGCGGCCAUUUCACUAGGCAAGGCGGCCUUGAAGCUUGUGAGACAUGUUUGCUGCGUGUUAAGAAGUUGGUACCAACCGAACAGCUCCUGGUUCUCCGGCUCGAAGACGGACUCGAUUGGCAUUCUAUUUGCCCCUUUUUGCAACUACCUCUCCCACAAGAGCCGUGGCCGGAGAAGAAUACAUGUGAGCAAUUCCACACUUUGGUGCAGGAGCUCAUGACGCCACUGGUGAAGCGAGCUCUUGUAAGGGCGACAACGUAUGCUCUUUUGUUGGCUGUGAUCGUAUGUAGCACAGUAUUAUCGGCCAUAUCUUGGUGGUGCACAGAUCAAAGCACCCUCGAUACGAGGGAUCUCUAA